AUUAAUGCUAAGUAAUAAAGUAUUUAAUGAUAAUUGUGUGUCACUUAUUUCGGCUUAAUUAUAAUAUGUAAUAUAAUUUAUUUUACAUUUUAAUGAGAUUCAACUCAACUGAGAUCAACUUCAAAUGAGAAAACCUGUUCAAGCUAUGAAUAAAACUGACUAUGCAAGGAGUAAACGAUUUAAAUAUAACAGAAAACAAAAAAAGCGGCCAAGUGCGAGUCGGACUCGCGCAUGAAGGGUUCCGUACCAUUUAAGACGUAUUAAAAAAAAUCUACUUGCUAGAUCUUGUUCAACAUUUUACCACUUUGGACACACAUUUUACCACUUUGGAACUGUCUCUCGCGCAAACUAUUCAGUUUAGAAAAAAAUGAUGUUAGGAACCUAAAUAUCAUUUUUGAAGACCUAUCCAUAGAUGUAUGGGUUUGAUGAAAAAAAAUUUUUUUUAAUUUAUUGACGUAUUAAAAAAAAACUAUUCACUAGAUCUCGUUCAAACCAAUUUUCGGUGGAAGUUUGCAUGGUAAUGUAUAUCAUAUAUUUUUUUUAGAUUUUUCAUUCUGUUAUUUUAGAAGUUACAGGGGGGGGGGACACACAUUUUUUCACUUUGGAAGCGUCUCUCGCGCAAACUAUUCAGUUUAGAAAAAAAUGAUAUUAGAAACCUAAAUAUCAUUUUUGAAGACCUAUCCAUAGAUACCCCACACGUAUGGGUUUGAUGAAAAAAAAUUUUUUUUUUAAUUUUUAUGACGUAUUAAAAAAAAACUACUUACUAGAUCUCGUUCGAACCAAUUUUCGGUGGAAGUUUGCAUGGCAAUGUAUAUCAUAUAUUUUUUUUAGAUUUUUCAUUCUGUUAUUUUAGAAGUUACAGGGGGGGGGGACACACAUUUUUUCACUUUGGAAGUGUCUCUCGCGCAAACUAUUCAGUUUAGAAAAAAAUGAUAUUAGAAACCUAAAUAUCAUUUUUGAAGACCUAUCCAUAGAUACCCCACACGUAUGGGUUUGAUGAAAAAAAUUUUUUUUUUUAAUUUUUAUGACGUAUUAAAAAAAAACUACUUACUAGAUCUCGUUCGAACCAAUUUUCGGUGGAAGUUUGCAUGGCAAUGUAUAUCAUAUAUUUUUUUUUGAUUUUUCAUUCUGUUAUUUUAGAAGUUACAGGGGGGGGGGACACACAUUUUUUCACUUUGGAAGUGUCUCUCGCGCAAACUAUUCAGUUUAGAAAAAAAUGAUAUUAGAAACCUCAAUAUCAUUUUUAAAGACCUAUCCAUAGAUACCCCACACGUAUGAGUUUGAUGAAAAAAGAUUUUUUGAGUUUCAGUUCUAAGUAUGGGGAACCCCCAAAAUUUAUUGUUUUUUUUCUAUUUUUGUGUGAACAUCAUAAUGCGGUUCAUAGAAUACAUCUACUUACCAAGUUUGAACAGUAUAGCUUUUAUAGUUUCGGAAAAAAGUGGCUGUGACAGAAUCGGACAGACAGACGGACAUGACGAAUCUAUAAGGGUUCCGUUUUUUGCCAUUUGGCUACGGAACCCUAAAAACCAUAGCUCCCAAUUGUCAUUUAAUCACUCAACAAAACAAACUCCAUUCUACGGACUUGUACGGACUCCAUUCAAAUCAAAAUAACAUCGGGAAUACGAUACAUUUCACAAGUUGUGUUAUUUUUCUACGUUCUGCUCAAUAAAUAAUGUACGAAAUAUUAGUAAAGCAAUUAUUUCUGUAUGUUUGAUGAUAGUAAUAAAAAGUCUUAUUUUAUAGUAAAGCCGCUUUUCUCCUGUGGUAGCAGAAUACCUCGAACAAUAAAAUCAAGUUUUCAGGUACAUACUCGAUAAAUAAAUUGAAACCAACAGCAUAAGCCUACAAUCGUAAUAUUACACUUAGACAAUGGAAGCGACAUCUACUAAUGAAGAAGAUGAUACUACACUACCACGAAUUGAAACAAAAUUUAAAUUACUGGAAUUUGAAAAGCAAAUUUUUAUUGAUGUCUUUGAAAAAGAUGCACUUCUUAUAUUAGCAAAAGGGUUAAAUUAUAAUGGCAUAAUUUCAAAUUUACUGUGGGUAUACAAGGACCCAGCCAACUUAGUUUUAGUUAUAAACAGCAGCGAUCAUGAAGAAAAGUAUUUCACUGAGAAGUUCAACUUGAAACCUUUGCCAAAUCUGGGCACUGAAAGGGAAAAGGUGUACCUAGAGGGUGGAGUCCAGUUUGUGUCAACCCGCAUAUUGGUGGUUGACCUCUUAAAGCAGCGGGUGCCAGUCGCUAACAUCACUGGGAUCAUAGUGUUGCGCGCGCAUACUGUGCUCGAGUCCUGUCAGGAGGCUUUCGCUUUGAGGCUCUAUAGACAACAUAAUAAGACAGGUUUUGUAAAGGCAUUCUCCAGUUCACCGAUUUCUUUCACUUUCGGAUACCACCAAGUGGAGAAGGUGAUGCGAGCUGUUUUUGUGACGGAAUUAUUUUUAUGGCCCAGAUUUCACGGAACGAUCAUAAAAUGCCUUAAGAGAAGACAAGCAGAGGUGGUGGAGUUGCACGUACCGCUGUCGUCCAACGUGAAUCACAUACAGAUGUGCUUGCUCGACAUCAUGAAUUACACCGUAAAGCAACUUAAGAGUGUUAAUCGGACUCUAGACAUGCAGGAAAUCACAACUGAGAACUGCAUUUCAAAGAAGUUCCACAAAAUUCUGCAGUCGCAGCUGGACUGCGUGUGGCACCAGCUCAGUACGAGGGUCAAGGAGUAUGUUCAGGACCUCAAGGUGCUACGGAGCAUGAUCAUCAACCUGAUCCACGACGACUCUGUUUCAUUUUACGCCCUAGUGAGCAAAUACAGGACUCCGGAAUACGCCAAAGUGAACUCGGGGUGGAUUCUCUUGGACUCGGCCGAACAGCUCUUCAGGCUCGCCAAGUCGAGGGUUUAUAACCACAAAAAUGAAUUCGAUCCGGAACAUCUACCAAAAUGGAAAGUCCUUAGCGAUUUAUUACUGGAAGAAAUCCCCGAAGAAGUCAAAAAGAAAAACAAAGGAAGUCUAAACAGUACAAAAAUACUAAUACUCUGCCAAGACAGUAGAACUUGCAGCCAACUGAACAACUUUCUGACCAUGGGCGCAAACAAAUACCUUUUCUACACCGCAUUUAGGAGAGAUUUAAAUAUAACUGCUUUAGCUUCUAAAUACAAAGAUAUAAAUACGAUAGCUAGUGAUUUAAAAAAGGACCCGGAAAAGGAAGAUACCAGUGAUGUUAAUAAGCUUGAAGAGGAAGAGAUAGAAGAUUGCGAUAGAACGAAUUAUGUGCUGACUUUGACGCAGCUGGCGACGCAGGGGGACAAGAAAACGUCCAUGGAUGAGAGCAUGUUCGAACCUAUAUCACAGAUAGACAACUUAGAUAUAACGCAACUGGAGACCGAGAAGCCGAUCAUCUGCAUCCGAACGUUCAAAGAGAACGGCAACCAGUUCUCCCUGGAGGUCACCUUGGAGGCGCUCCGGCCGCAGUACGUGGUGCUGUUCCACUGCGACGUGGCCGCGGUGCGACAGAUUGAACUCUUCGAGGCAAGGAAGGCUGAAGGCGAACCUCGGUGUAAGGUGUAUUUCGUGAUCCACGAUAAAACUGUGGAGGAGCAGGCGUACCUCACGUCUCUGAAGAGAGAGAAACAGGCCUUCGAGCUCCUCAUCCAAGCUAAAAGUGUUAUGGUGGUGCCAUCAUAUCAAGACGGGAAGACAGACGAAUACUUCACCAUGAAUAUCGAAGAAGAUGAGGAUACAGUUGAUACGAGAAAAGCUGGCGGACAACAGCCCAAAGAGAAGCCGAUGGUGAUCGUGGACAUGCGCGAGUUCCGCUCCGACCUGCCGGCGCUGCUCCACCGCAAGGGCAUACACGUCGAGCCCGUCACCAUCACUAUCGGCGACUACAUCCUAACCCCAGACACAUGUGUGGAGCGCAAGUCCAUCUCCGACCUGAUCGGCUCGCUGAACUCGGGCCGGCUGUACACGCAGGCAACGCACAUGUGCCGCUGUUACGCGCGCCCUGUCUUACUCAUCGAGUUCGAUCAGAACAAGCCCUUUAAUCUACAGGGACAUUUCGUGGGUUCAAGCGACAUGUCGGGCGCGGACAUCCAGCAGAAGCUGCAGCUGCUCACCAUCCACUUCCCGCGCCUCAAGCUCGUGUGGUCGCCGUCGCCCUACGCCACCGCCGAGCUCUUCCAUGAACUCAAGCAAGGCAAAAAGAACCCGUCCGUGUCCGAGGCCAUAGCGUUCGGCGGGGACAACACGGCAGACGACGUCAACUAUGAACGCUACAACGUUCUGGUACACGACUUCGUGCAGAAACUGCCCGGAGUCACUAGCAAGAACUUAGCGCGGAUCAUGAACAAGGGGCAGUCGCUGGACCAUCUGAUAACUUUGAAUAAGGUACUGUCAUACACAUAUAUACCUACCAUACACAUAUAUACUACCAUACACAUACCACACACAUUCGUAUCUGAAGCUGUGAUCAGCAACAACACGGCAGACGAUGUCGACUAUGAGCGCUACAACGUUCUGGUACACGACUUCGUGCAGAAACUGCCCGGAGUCACUAGCAAGAACUUAGCGCGGAUCAUGAACAAGGGGCAGUCGCUGGACCAUCUGAUAACUUUGAAUAAGGUACUGUCAUACACAUAUAUACCUACCAUACACAUAUAUACUACCAUACACAUACCACACACAUUCGUAUCUGAAGCUGUGAUCAGCAACAACACGGCAGACGAUGUCGACUAUGAGCGCUACAACGUUCUGGUACACGACUUCGUGCAGAAACUGCCCGGAGUCACUAGCAAGAACUUAGCGCGGAUCAUGAACAAGGGGCAGUCGCUGGACCAUCUGAUAACUUUGAAUAAGGAACAACUGGCUGAGGUGAUAGAGAACAAAAACGAAGCAGAUACAUUAUACUCGGUGUUACACGUUAAGGCCACGCCUUCCGACGCCGGCAAAGACGAAAAACAGACCGGCAAGAAGAAAUUCACAGGGAAACUGUUCAGGAGUAAAACCAAAAAAAACGUAGUGUCAUUGAUUCUUAAUUUAUUUUUGAGCUAUACAAUAAUUUAUAAGGAAUAAAUCAAAUUAUACAUA